AUGGCCGAGUCGUCUACCACGCCUUCCGCACCCACUACAUCUAGUCAACAGGAUGGCUCGGACUUCCGACCCAGCACGACCUUCUGGAAUCGCACGGUCAAUUUCACUCGCAUGCUGACCGGUCAGAUGUCACCUGCGGGGCAGAAAAGGUACUGGGCGGAUGCAGAUGAGCGAUACAGCGAGUUUGACUGCAAACGUUGCGAGCGGGAUCGGGACUACCUGUUGAAAUACUCCCCUACCAUUCGAUUCAUGAACGAGAACAUACGGAAACUCGGUGGAGAGAUGGGUCCGCAGAAUAUCCAUUGCAGGACGUGUCGAGGAGAGGAAGAAGCCAUGCAAGGCGGGUUUGAUCACAAGUACGGGAUUAAAAUUUGUGCAAAUUGGGUCCAAGAACGGUCACAAUUGGAGGAUGUGAUUUCACACGAGCUGGUGCAUGCGUACGAUCAUCUGCGAUUCAAGACCAACUUGACGGAGGAGGAUGAUCUGAGGCAUGCGGCUUGUUCAGAGGUCAGCCGAAACCCAUCCGCGCAAAGACAUCUUUACUAA